AUGACAGAGAAUCUGUCAAGGUUCCGGGACCAGUUCAGCGGCAGAGUCCCCAACCAGGACUGGCUAGACCAAACAACAACAGAAGUUCUCAAGGCAGCUGGCUCCGAACUCGGCUCAGCCAUGAAGAGGCUCACGAAAAACGCAAAGAACAACGAGGAUCAUGCGCUCGAAGCCCGAGUGUUGAGUUUUCCUCGCACGGGGGUGUAUCACAACAUUUUGUCGAGCAGCGAACUCGGAAUUAUGUGGCAACAAUUCUACCGCCAGCUUGAUCCGCUCGCACUUUUGGCACCAGAUUUUGAAGAGCCAGAACGCAUGAAAGACGACGCUCGUGCGGUCAUGGCGAUACUGCGGGAGGAAGAGCAAGAACGCGAGUGGCUGAAGCAAGACGAGGAACAAACUGAAGAGGCAGGAUACUGGGAGAUUGACGGCUGGGUCGUCAGCGAGGAGGAUCAAGAAGAGGAGGAAGCUGGAGGGCAAGAACAAGGAGACGCCCGUGUCGUCAUGCAGGAGCCGGAAGAGGAGGAUCAAGAACAUGCGGAAGCCGAAUCAGGCAGAGGAAGCAAGAAAGAAGACAGUGGGACUGAGAUCUGUUUGGCCAAUGCGACGUACACCAACGAGCCAUGCCCGCACUGUGGUUGGUGA